AUGUAUGGAAUAAACCAGCGCUGCAUUUACAUAUCGUUCAAUUUGUUUGUGCUGUGGUGUCACGCUCAGGGGGAGAAUCACCCGUCUCCUAAUUUUAACCAGUAUGUGAGGACGCAGGGCGCAGUGACGGAUCAGCUCAGCCGCAGACAGGUCAGGGUUUACCAGCUCUACAGCCGCACCAGCGGGAAGCACGUCCAGAUUCAGGGCAAAAGGGUCAGCGCCACCGCCGAGGAUGGAAACUUGUACGCUCGUCUGUUUGUUGAGACAGACACCUUUGGCAGUCGAGUGAGGAUAAGAGGUGCAGAAAGUGGGCGUUACCUCUGCAUGAAUCGGAAGGGCAAACUUGUCGGAAAGCCCAACGGCCGCAGCAGGGAUUGUAUCUUCACAGAGAUAGUACUGGAGAACAAUUACACAGCCUUCCAGAAUGCUGAGUAUGAGGGCUGGUAUGUGGCUUUCACCAGGAAAGGGAGGCCCAUUAAAGCCUCCAGGACGAGAGAGAACCAGAGAGAGGUCCAUUUCAUUAAGAGGCUACACACAGGCCCGCCCCCCUUUCCCAACAUGGACCAAAGCAAACACUUUGACUUCAUCCGAUUUCCAGGCACACGUCGAGCGAAGCGGAACAGGAAAUCACGUACCUCUUCCUAA